AUGCGAGGUAAGGCCUCAGCAGAAUUUAUUUUUGACGCAGUUCCAGAACGAUCACUACGAGCUAGACUUCGAAAAACAAAGCAAGAGCGACUGGAAGCGUUAGAAGAAAUUCUGGCAGCUUCUGAAUCUGAUAACGAGGAAAUCCUCUCCAUUCAUUCUGAGCAUUCAGAUUCGCAGGCAGAAACGAUGGCGGACCCUGUAGAAAGGAGCAGUAAAGGGAAAGGUGUAGUUGAAAAUAAUGACGAGGAAAAGGAACCAUUGUUGGAGGUAGACUUAGAGAUAAGAGAAAAUGAGUCAGAAGCUGAGGAAGUGGUGGUGAUGGAACCAACACCGAAAGAGAAUGUGGUGGAACAAAAACAGAAGCCGGCAGUAAAACUUCCUUUUCUAGUAAGGAACAAGAAAAAAGGACAACAUGAGAAGAAUUUUGAAAAGUUCUUGGAGAUGUUCAAGAAGCUGGAGAUUAAUAUCCCAUUCUUGGAGGCAUUAGAACAAAUGCCUACUUAUGCAAAAUUUAUGAAGGACAUCAUCUCCAAGAAAAUAACCAUCGAUCGUGACCCUAUUAUUCUAACCGAAACGUCAUUCAAGAAAGCUCUAAUUGAUUUGGGAGCAAGUGUGAGCCUUAUGCCGUUAUCUAUCUACAAGAGAUUGGGGAUAGGUAAUGUACAAGAUACAAGAAUGACACUCCAGUUUGCUGACCACUCUGUUAAAAGACCUUAUGGGAUAGUGGAAGACGUGCUUGUGAAAAUUGACAAAUUUGUGUUCCCAAUAUAUUUUGUAAUUCUAGAGAUGCCGGAAGAUGAGGAGAUCCCUAUUAUUUUAGGAAGGCCAUUUUUAGAGACAGGGCGAUGUUUGAUAGACAUUGAAGAAGGCACAAUGACUCUGAAGGUUUAUGAUGAAGAGAUAAAGAUUGAUGUGCGCAACACCAUGAAGUACAAGGACGAUAUAGCAACUAGUCAACAUAUUGAGGUGAUUGAUCAAAUUUGUACUAAUGAGAAUUCUUUGAACAUACAACAAUUACCCUUGGAAAAAGUGUUGAGCUCGUCUGUUUGCGACAAAGAGGAAGCUGCUGAUGAAAGAGAAGUGGAAGUAGUGGCUAUGAUGGAAGCAAGUCCCAUAUUCAAAAGUUCUAGACAAAACCGGUGGGAGGAUCUUAGACAACCUUUGGUUGAAGGAAAGAAGGAGGAGCCUAAGAAGGGGGCUGAAUUAAAACAACUCCCGGAGAAUUUAAAAUAUGUUUUCCUUGAUGCUGAAAGUAGGUGUCCGGCCAUCAUAAACUCGGACCUUGAACGGUUGCAGGAACUUAAGCUAGUAGAAGUGUUAAAGAAACAUAAAAGUGCCAUGGGAUGGUCUAUUGAAGAUUUAAAAGGGAUCAGUCCUACAAUGUGA